AUGGCUGAUGAGCAACAACAACCUGGUCAGAAGCCUGCCCCGGGAUUAGGAUCUCUCCCAGCGCUGGUCCCGGGACUCCAGGGGCCCGAGGCAAACGCACUGCAGUUCAAGAUAAAGAGUUCCAUUUGCAAAUCCGUACAAUCAAAGGUCGACAGCAUAUUGCAAGAUGUUGAGAAGUUUACAGACAUCGAAAAACUCUACCUCUACCUUAAGUUGCCUUCUGGUCCCAGCAGUGGCAAUGACAAAAGUGACCAGAGUUCCAUGUCGUCGAGCCGUACUCAACAAAUGUAUGCUUUCAACUGGAUCCGGAAUCACCUAGAGGAGCAUCCAGAGACGUCCCUUCCAAAGCAAGAAGUUUAUGAUGAAUACAAGAGCUAUUGUGACAAUCUCGGCUACAAUCCACUGAGUGCUGCAGACUUUGGGAAGAUCAUGAAGAAUGUUUUUCCCAACAUGAAGGCGCGUCGACUGGGCAUGAGGGGGAAAUCCAAAUAUUGUUAUAGCGGGUUAAGGAAGAAAGCUUUUGUUCACAUGCCAUCUUUACCCAACCUGGAUCUACAAAAAUCUAAUGAUGGGUGUGAGUUGAUGGAGCCCAGCGGUCAGUCCCCCAGUGCAGAGGACGAGAUGCGGUCAGCGGCCUGUGGACUGGUGUGUGAGUGGGCACAGAAGGUCCUCAGUCGUCAGUUUGACCACGUGGAGGACUUGGCUCGUUUCUUACUCAACAGCCACUACAUCGGCACAAAGUCUAUGGCAGCACUUACUGUGAUGACGGGAACACCAACAGGAUUGAAAACACCCACUCCAGCAUCCGCGUUUGUGCCAACAGCCGAGGCAAACUCUUUUCAGCCUCAGGUCAAGACCCUGCCCUCUCCCUCUGUGGACGCAAAGCAGCAGCUCCAGAGAAAGAUCCAGAAGAAACAGCAGGAACAGAAACUGCACUCUCCUCUGCCCAGUGAGGUGAAGAGGGCUGAGGCCAGUACCCCCGGCCCGACCCUCCCCUGUGGCAGCCCUGCCCUUCUGUCCCCUCAGCCCACCAUCGGCAUCGUGGUAGCAGCAGUCCCCAGCCCUGUCACGGUACAAAGAAAUAGGCAAUUGAUGACCUCUCCCAGCCCUGUUGGGACAGCGGAAGGGAAAGUGCUACCAGUUAACUUCCAAGUCGUUACACAAUCUAUUAAACAAUCACCCAAAACCCCGCAGAAUAUUUCAGCCAGUCCUGUGGGAGAUCGCCUGGCACGGCACGGGACGAGAUAUGCUCAGAUCCUGCCCAAACCAUCAGCCACCAGCGCCAUCACCCUGCGCUCGCCCCCCACGCUCCUCAUCACCAACAGCCCCAUAAAGACUGUGAUGCCCACCCCCCACGUCAGCUCGGUCAACGUGGUGAAGAUGACCGCCAUCACCCUGGCUCCCAGCAGCGGCAGCACGACCGUGAGACCAGCUUCAGCGGGCAUCAACACCACUGCAGCCUCUGACGAUUUGCAGCCACAUCAUUCUCCUGCCCUCCGAAUGAGCAUCGCACCCUCAACCUCUACCCUAUACACUGACAACAAGGCCGACCCUGGAGACACUGUUGUUGUAAAGGAGGACAGAGUGGCUAAGUUCAGAGCUAUCAGUGAACCAAGCUUCCUGGUGAAGUGUUCCCCGGGACCAGACAAAGGAGGCAGACUAAAAAGUGACUCUGUGUCCUCUGCUUCUGCAGCUGGGACUCAGGACAGCAAUAACAGUAACUGCCAUGACAGUACCUUGUAUUUGACUGUUGAUAAUCAUAACUCCAAUGGCUGCUCUGCUGUUACCCAUGCACUCAAAGACUCUUGCCCUGACACCAAGGGCCUCCGAAAGCGCACAGGCCCAGGUGGAGAGUCGCCAGUGAUUCCUGUAAAAAGGGUUUUCAUCUCCCAGCAGCCUCUGGCUCUCAUAGACAAUCCCAAAUCUGGUAUCAGUGCUGCGGUUAAGAGGAUCCCGCGACCAGGAACGCCUGCACGACCAGAGAGUGCCCCCUGCAAAGUGACUGUGAAGCAAGGCCCCAUUGGACCACCCCAGAUCCUUGCACUGUCUGAUUUGCCGAUCACCCACACUCCGACUGUUGUUAAACCACAGGCCUUGGUUUUGAUAAAGCCUCAACAGGUCUCUCUCAGUAGUAUCACCAGCACUGGUGCCACUGGGAGCUCUUCUGUUGAUCAGGUUUUACUGCAGCAGAUUACUGGAAACCCCCGUGCCAUACCAGCCAACUCAGGAGCACACGACACCUCUGCAAUGAGUGACCUAAAGAGCACAAUCUGGGAGGAGGGUCAGCUUGAUGAGCUUCGAAAACAAGCGUUUGCUCAACAGAUACCAGCAGAACACAAACAAGCCCCCACUGACCAGCUUUCCAUUAUAGCUCAACCUGCAGAGGUCUCAGGCCAGCUCACUCUGGCAGAAGAGAUGGUUGACUUUGCGGGCUCUCAGUCCAACAUGGACUACUUUCCCUUCAAUGAUGAUGACAUGACACAAGAUAGUAUUGUGGAGGAACUCGUCCAAAUGGAGGAGCAGAUGAAGCUGAAGGGUUUGUUUGGUGGUUGUGUUGAAGUGGCACUUCAAGGCCAGACCCAAAAUAAUCAGUCCUCGAUGCUUAAUACUCAUCAGACAGGCACUACCUUUUACCACUCUGCCCACAGCAGCACCACUCCCGUUCAGACGCCCACCCCAACGCCAACGCCCACCCCCACACCAACCCCCACGUCAGAGAUGACACUUGCGCACACACUGACCAGAGAGAGCCCCUGCUCUCGCAUGGCCCCUAUCACACCUGUAGACAGUUCCAUGGGUCGACACACACCAAUCAGCACACCUCUGUCCAACUGCAGCAGUAGUGUUCCUCCCAGCCCAGUGGAGUGCAGAAACCCUUUUGCUUUCACGCCCAUCAACUCGAGCAUGACAAGUUAUCAUGAUACCAGUAUAGUGUCCAGUAGCCCAGUGAAACCCAUGCAAAGACCAAUGGCAACACACCCAGACAAGGCCAAACUAGAAUGGAUAAACAACCGCUACAAUAACAACAACAGUUCAGGGCCUGUGAACAACCACAGCAUUGGCAUUUUGCCGAGUUACCAAGACCUGGUAGAUGACCAGUUUCGCAAGCCACAUGCCUUUGCUAUCCCUGGCCAGUCAUUUCAAGCACAGACCAGACAGGACGCUGCUCACCUUGGACGUUUGACCCCAAUUUCUCCCGUACCACAACAGCCGACAACAGGAGUCACCACUCCCACCAAACAGGAGAGCUUUGCUGUGCCCGCCCCAUUGGACAACAAAACAUCCACUUCCUCUGCAUCCAGUACGUUCCGCUGUCGGAGUGUCAGCCCUGCAGUGCGACAGAGGGACUCUGGUGGUAUUACCAAUCUGCCAACCACAGCCACCAGCACAGUCUCCACAGUCCGAGCUGUAGUGUCUCCCUUUGGCUCCCCCAUCACUUCUGAGGUGCUAAGCAUCCUGUCCAACACCCAGUCAGUCAGCACUGUCCACAGCAUGGUGCAGCGGAGCCAGUCUGUACCUUUAAACAUUAUGAUGCAGAGUGAGAUGCUGCCGGUGCAGCAGAGUAAUACUGCAAAAAUAACUAAUGUUCUCCUUAGUAAGAUGGAAGCAGACGGGGAUGAUUCUGUCCGCGGUCUGGGCAUUAACAAUCUUCCCUCUAACUACACUGCGCGCAUGAACCUCACACAAAUCCUUGAGACCACUCCUGCCUUCGCUGGAGCAGCUUCCCACCAGAGCCAGCUGCCUGUCAGCUCCAGCCCAGCUGCCUUUGAGCUUCAGCAGCAUGGCUACCUCAGCACGGGCAGCGGAGAGACAGCCUUCUCCUCCGGGGAGGCCCAUGCACAAACAGGGCCGAGCGAGCCCGAGCCGCCUCCACCGCUCCAGGACAGUCCUACACAGACACAGCUCCUCCUCCAGAGCACACAACAGCAGGAGGCGGAGGACGAGCAGCAGCAGCUGGACUUCAACAACACUGUCAAAGACCUGCUGGGAGAGGACGGCCUGAACCCCAGCUCUCAGCUGGUGGGCCAGGUAGCCUCCGAGCUCAAUGCAGUAGCCUCAGAUUUCACCAAUGACAUCAGGCUGCCUUCAGAUCUCUCCAGUAGCAUCACUGAUCUCAAUACUCUAGACACCAACCUGCUGUUUGACCCAAACCAGCAGCAGGAACAAUAUGAAGACUCCACACUGGAAGAACUGAAAAACGACCCCCUUUUUCAGCAGAUAUGCAGUGAUACUGUGAACUCUGGUUUUGACUGGCUCGAGAGCAAAGACCAGCAAACUACAGUUGAGAUGUUGGGCUAA